CUGCCACCCCUCACGAUGGGCCCGGGUCCCCGGCUGCUGCUACCUCUGGUGCUUUGCGUGGGGCUCAGCGCUCUCGUACCUCCUGCGGGAGCGUCAGGCGUCCGCAAGCGAGGCCCCUCGGUGACGGCCAAGGUCUUCUUUGAUGUGAGGAUUGGAGAUAAAGAUGUUGGCAGAAUUGUGAUUGGCCUCUUUGGAAAAGUUGUGCCCAAGACUGUGGAAAAUUUUAUCGCUCUGGCAACAGGAGAGAAAGGAUAUGGAUAUAGAGGAAGCAAAUUUCAUCGCGUCAUCAAAGAUUUCAUGAUUCAAGGAGGAGACUUCACCAGUGGAGAUGGCACUGGCGGUAUAAGCAUUUAUGGUGAGACAUUUCCAGAUGAGAACUUCAAACUGAAGCAUUAUGGCAUUGGGUGGGUCAGCAUGGCCAAUGCUGGGCCUGACACCAAUGGCUCUCAGUUCUUUAUCACCUUGACCAAGCCCACCUGGUUGGAUGGCAAACAUGUGGUAUUUGGAAAAGUCAUUGAUGGAAUGUUGCUGGUCAGAAGUGAUCCAUGGGUCUACUUUUCUCUCACCAGACAGUGGUCCACUCCAUAGAACUGCAGGCAACUGAUGGGCAUGACCGUCCACUCACCAACUGCUCCAUCAUCAACAGUGGCAAGAUAGAUGUGAAAACGCCCUUUGUGGUAGAGGUCGCUGACUGGUGAUACAAUUGGCAGAAAACAAAGAAGAACACACUCUGCCAGGGGGGUGUGUGUGUGUGUGUGUGUCUGUGUGUUGAUUCUUAAAAGUUACUGUUUUGCUUUGUUUUUUAACUUUAUUCUGUUUUCUACCCCAGAUCACAGGAAGGUUAUAGAAAGCAACCACUCAAAGUUUAGUUAGCAUGAAUUUUGGUAAAUCACUUGUUGAGGGACUUUGCACUUAAAAGACCUAUCCGUUUCCUCCAAUGGUGCUGUUUUUAAAUUAGAAAACUUUGUAUUGGCUGUUUUCUUUUGAAGAACACAAUCAUUUCUUUGCUGGAUUAAUUGUGACCCCCAGAUUCAGUGAUGCUGAAGCUUUGUCUGAAAAAAGAUGGGAACAAGAAGUUUAUUACUUUGUAUUCAAACAGAAAUUCUUUUCAGGUAAAGGGAGAUUUGAUUAGUAUUAUCUGAUAUAUGUCACAGGGACUUUUACCUAAUGAAAGGUGCUGUGGUAUUCUCUAUAUUAAAUACUUUUUAUGUGGAUCAA